AUGCGGUGCGCGAGCAAGGCCUCCGAGAGCGCGUCCGCACGUCUCUGUGCGGACGCCGAAGCAGAAACCGCAGCAACUGAUGUGUCAUCGGUUGCUGAAGCGACUCAGCCUGUGUAUCCUGGUGAUGCAGGUGCUCGUCAUGAAGACACUCAUGUCUCCACAGAGUAUGAGCUUGGUGUCUCAUACUCUCCCAAAACGGAAGAUGGAUCUGUAUCGACGGCGAUCGAAUCAAGCCGCCUGCCAAGCGUGGCAUGGAUGAUGCUAUGCGUCGUAGCAUAUUUGGUUCAUCUGACGAAUCAGAUGAACCAUCGCCAAAGCGAAGGCGCUCGAGGUCGCAAGACUCGGGCGCUCACAGUGGUGUCGGUUCUCCUAUGGACACCACUUCGCAGAGAGGUACCAGUACUUCUGUCGGUUCGUUGCAAGAAGAGCGGGACCACAGUGUGUAGCGUCUCGCUCCCGAGAAGAAGGCAUUGA